AUGGUGCAGAGCAACGGAUCUGGAUAUAACAAUGACCACUGGGCCAGUAUCAGUCCUUAUAGCCAAAGCCCUUAUGGAAACAGCCCUUUGAAUGAAUAUGGCGCCACGUUUGGCGGAUAUAUAUCGCACGGGCUACCAUCCGAAUCGCUCAACAGGAUGCCUCCGCCCAUUCUUUCAACUCCUUCUCAAUCUACAACGCAUCAAAUGAUACAUCCUGCACCCAUCAUGGGCCACCAUCAACUGCCGAUGCUAAACACUCAAUGGCCGAGUCAGUUAACGAACCCUACGCCUUCGGGAAGCUACUCUGCUCCUCCGCUGUCCAUCGCACCGGCAUCUAGUCUGCCUCCGGUUGACCCGCCGCCAAGGCCCCUUGUGCAUCACGAGAAGGCGAGAAAGACUUUGAGCGCGGAGCAGAAACGGGCCAUGUGUCAAUACCAUGAAGAAAAUCCGGGCACUCGGCAGGCAGAUAUUGGCGCCAAAUUUGGCGUCGAGAGAAGCACCGUUUCCAAAGUCUUGAGACACAAAGAGCAGUAUUUGAAGCGAGACCCGGAGCCUGAUGGAGCAGCACUCAAACGUUUGAAAGGAAAGCAUCCUGAUUUUGAUCGAACGCUCAGCAACUAUGUUCGGCGACAGCAGCAACGCGGCUUUGAAGUCAAAGAUGACGACAUUAUGGAACAAGCCCGGCUGUUUGCUCGGGCCAGCGGCAACCAAGAAGCAGUGUUAACGAACAUCAACAGCAACUGGCUCCUCAAAUUCAAGCAAAAGCACGGAAUAGGGGCUGGGCGGCUGAUGCGUCGAGCAUCCGAGACGAACAUUCCAGACAGUAUGAUCAUGUCUGCAGCUAUUCCACGCUUCCCAGGAGAUAAAGCGGCCCAUACAAUCUCUCCCGUCUCUCCCACUCAUCGGCUCUCGCCUCUUUCUGCUAGCCGUAGCGAGGAGGACUUGCAGGCUGAAGGACACGACUUCGACUUCCAGUACAGACAUGCUGGGUCUCAUUCUUCUACUUCACUAGCAAGCGACUUGAAAGACACGAGUGUUUCGUUUUCUGAGACGAUUAACCCAACUGCAGCUUUCCAUUUCACACCUGACCCUAACGUGGGAGCGUUUCAAGACAGUCUCCAUAUACAACCUGCAGCCCCUGAUUUCCAGCACCGCGGAAAGAGAAGCAACACUUUCCCAUCCCUCAAUAUCGAUUGCCUAAAUCAAAACGCAAGCACAGGCCCGCUGACACCUCGACACUCUGCCGUCACAGCAUCUUCAGCAAUCGAAUCGCCGACAAACGACUUUCGAAGCAAUCCUUUCACGCUUGACACCACGAUAUCGCCACCACCAGCCUUACGCCGCAGCAGCAGCAACUCAAGCAUUGCCGCUCGAACAAACAACAACUCUGCAAACGCUAGUUCUGUAUCAUCAAACACUGCUGAUUCUUCGCCAACUUCCCCAACACCAGAGGACGCUAGACGUGCCGCGGAAACACUACUGAGCUACCUUCACCACAUGACCCCAAAUGGCCCGUUUGAUAAAAGCGAAUACGCCACCAUCGUUCAACUUACAAAAAAACUACAAAUACACCAGCACCAAACAACACGUCCUUCUAUAGGAGGACUGUCAAGGAUCCCCGAGAGUGAC